UACGAUAUCAUUUGUAGCCGUACGGUGUCAGUUAACGAACGAAAAACGCAACGACAAGUAGAAUAAAGUUUUGAGAAAGAAUAAUACUUUAUUUUAAAGAAAAAUAUUUAAAGAAGCAAAUAAAAACUAAUUACCUAAAAAAAAAAAUAACGAAAAUGGUGUCUGUAGAAACAAUUGGUUCUAUAUUUAUCAAGGCCUUGAAAUUGGUUCUUAAUUUAAUCAUUCUUAUCUUAUAUCGUAUCGGUGAUGGUGGUGAAUUCUUGGGUGUUGGCGGUACUUGGAAUCUAAAUGAGGAGAAAAGUGCCGAUUGUGAAAUUGUGGCCUCAGGAGUAAUGGUGGGUUUUUUCAUCUAUACCGGUUGUCAUACCAUAGCCUUUCUCUUUGGCACCACCAAACAUAAGAGAGAACUUUCCGAUACGAUAAUGAAUGUAGUCGGUACUUUUAUGUGGGUGGCUGUAGGCGGUACUGCUCUUCACUAUUGGAAGGGCUAUAUGAAAGACAAUGAUUUCCUUUAUGUGGCCUCCGAAAGACAAGUUGGUAUUGCUAUGGGUGCUUUGUGUGUUAUAGAGGGAGCUUUGUAUCUAUUGGAUACCGUAUUGGCCUGUAUACACUAUUCCAAGGGUGAUACCGAUUAUGUGCAGUAACUGAACAAAUUCGAGUGAGAACCAUCAACAGCAGUAGUUCAGCAAACGAAUAUAUACUAUUUUCAUAAUCAUAUAUCUUUUUUUUUUUAAUUUUUUUAAACAUAAGUUCAAAUUAGUUUUUAAAGAAAUUUUGACAAAUUUUUCAUUAAACCCUCUAAAACCAUAAAAAUUUUUAAAGUUUUGCAACAAUUCAGACAAAAACUUAGAACAAAUGAAAAGAAAACUUUUUCAAAAAACUACUUCAAAAUUGGAUUAACUUAAUAACUUAAGUCCUUUUUAAAUUACUGAACACAUUUAAAAAAAGUAUUUUUAGUUACUUAAGUCAAUUUUAAGUUUCUUACAAUAAUAAAAUCCUACCAAAAAUU